AUGCACUUUCGUGUAUUAGCUAAAGCCUUACGUUUGUCUGGUGGAGAUCAUAUUCACGCUGGUACUGUAGUAGGUAAACUUGAAGGAGAAAGGGAGAUUACUUUAGGUUUUGUUGAUUUACUACGUGAUGAUUAUAUUGAAAAAGAUCGAAGUCGCGGUAUUUAUUUCACUCAGGAUUGGGUUUCUUUACCAGGUGUUAUCCCUGUUGCUUCAGGGGGUAUUCACGUUUGGCAUAUGCCUGCUCUGACCGAGAUAUUUGGAGAUGAUUCUGUACUCCAAUUCGGUGGAGGAACUUUAGGACACCCUUGGGGAAAUGCACCUGGUGCCGUAGCGAAUCGAGUAGCUCUGGAAGCAUGUGUACAAGCUCGGAAUGAGGGACGUGAUCUUGCUCGCGAGGGUAAUGCAAUUAUCCGUCAAGCUUGCAAAUGGAGUCCUGAAUUAGCUGCUGCUUGUGAAGUCUGGAAGGAAAUCAAAUUUGAAUUCCCAGCAAUGGAUACUUUGUAA